ACACAAAACCUUGUGUGGUCAAGCCUCGCUAGCCAGAUGAAGCUAGCUGCUUAUAAUGUUUUGGGCAACGGGGUGGAAGCCGGCUCACGCACUGUCCUGGCCAUCGUUGGGGAGGAGGAGAUGGUGAACAAUGUCACUGGAAGUCUGAAGCUGCUCUGAGGGACUAAACCAGCUGUGGAGGUGCAGGGCUGUGCAAUGCCACAGAGGCAACCAGCAGAGGGCAGCAUCCCCCUAACAGCAGAAGGGUCUCAGCAUGCAAGCGCUACAAAGUAACAAAAAAAAUGAAAAAAAUAGUAAAACAACCAGACAUGACCCAACCACCAAGAUGAACAUUCAGCCAUUUUUUUUCUGUUCCCUAUCCGAGCCACUGACUGGAGAAGAGAUGUGUAUAGAGUUGCUCAUGUCGAGAGGAAGGGACUGGUUACUCACACCGACAAUGUUGAAGCCAGUUUGAACAGUUAAGCUAUUUGAGGGAUGGCCAUUACUGUAUGAGAGAAUGGUAUCCAAUUUUUAUGAAGCUGGAAGUUCAUGGCAUCCCAUAAUUCUGACUCCCAAUUUUUAUAAUAUGAUUUGGUGUAUUGAAAUAAGAAAAAAAAUCAAGGAUAGAACCUAGUGUUUUGGUGUUAAAUACUGUUAUUGUAAUUCAAGCAGCAAAAUAUAUUAAUGUAAUAAUUAUUUUUAGAUGUAGGAUCUUCCUGUGAAAGUUACUGCUUAUCAGUAAGGAGAGCUUUACUGACACCUUUACCAUUGCGUCGGUGUGUAAACUAAUGUGUAUAUGUAUACACGUAUGUAUGCGACAUUCUCCCCCAAAGACCCUGCCCCUUAGAAAUGACAACACUACAUACUGACGUCAAAUGGCCAUCCAUUGCUUUUAUGUGCAUCCGUCCAGGCCAUAUAUAAUCGGUGGCAUGCCAUCAACAUUUCGCACAAUCACUGUUGGAGUUCUUAUUUUAUUUGUUUUGUAGUUUUUUUCCUCUGUUUUCUGUUCUUGCAAAAAAGGAUAAGGUCGACUUGGCUUGCUCUGAGUUAUAAUUCCUGGACUUGGGGGUUUGGCGUAAAAAUAAGUGUGAGGAACUCAUUGUAUGGGUUAAAAUAAGCUGCUGUGCUUGAUGCUUGCACAGGUACUCAAGCUGAUUUAUUAAUGGUUUACACAAGUGAAAUGUUGUAAUUUUUAAAACUUCUUUGAGGGUAAAUGUGUUAUCUUUCUCUACGAUGUAGUCUAAAAGAUGUCUAGCUAUGACUUCUGCCUAAUCAGUAUAAAUAUCUAAGCUGGAGUAGCAGUUACAGGAGAACAAUUAACUGCAUAAAAAAAAGUAUACAUUCUUGCCCUUACAGAUUUAAGCAUUGGACAACCAGAUGCCUAUGACAUGUUUCUGUUAAAACUCAUUGUUCAUUACUUAAGCAAAAAUGAAUCGUAUUUUGUGAGCAUGUGAUGCCAUUUGGGACCGUAAAUGGCUCUGAAGUCUUACUAAAUAUGGAAUGGUCUUAUUAUUUAAAUGGAACUGACAUGACAUGCAUGUAACAGUUAUGCUGAAAACAUUUUUUUUCCUCUGUGUUAAAGAGACCAUGCAAAACACCAUGGCUGCAUCCAUUUUUUAUUUUGUGUUUGCACUUUGAUACCUUUCGGUGUUACACAACAAUUUGUUCCUGUUUUAAAACCAAGGAGCCCAUUAAAAAUUACUUCUGACCAAGUGAAGUAAUUUUUUUUAUUUGAACCUAUUAUACUUUCAUUUUUUGUAAAUUACAUUUCUACCCCAACCGCAAUGAUUUGUUUAUUAAUAUGAUUAAAACUACUGAUGUUGGAAGUUCUUCCCUGCCACAUUUCAGCUCUGAACCUUUGUUUCGUGGGGAGAGUUAUCUUCUCUGUACAGGAAUCCAACUUCCCAAUAACAUUCUAUAGCAAUCAAUCUAUCGGUUUAUAGAGGGUGGAAAAAACUUGGAAACUAGAGUGAAAUGAUUUUAUUAGUUGUGUAAUUAUUCUGAUGAGCUUUUUCAGAUUAUAGAAAUACACUUGUUAAGGUUGACGUGCGCUACAGCAUCUCUCUAAUGGCUGCCGCGUUCACAUGUCGGAUUGAUCGGAGGAAUGUCUUGGCCCGUUCACGUGUUCCGAGCGAACGCAAUCCGAAAUCGCGGCCAGCAUGUGGGAAAGAUCGUUGUCCAUGAGAUUAUAUCCAAGUUUCCUAGUUGUAAUUACAAGGGCAUUCAUGUGCAUUUUCCCUAGUAGCAAGCGAGCUACCCUUGACAAGUAAUGCCGCGUUCCUGUCUUGUCGGAAACUCGAGCCCUCCAUUUUAAAAUUAAUGUAAAAUAUUUACGUUGAGCUUCCAAUUGAUUUAUUCCGGUACAUCACAAGUGGAAACUCUGGAUCCGACUCUUCAGCAAAUCUGACAUUUCGUGAGUUUCCGACAUAAGGUAUCAAGAUCGAUAUCAGCAGAGCAGGGGAACCCAAAUACAGCCUGUGAAAAGUACGUCAAGAAUGUAGGGAUGGUCUUUCAUUCCCUCAAUUCAGCCUGAACGAUGAAUAACAAGGCUCUUCUAAAAUGUAAAUAUAGAUUUUCAAAUUAAUGUAUGUUGGAACGUUCCAUGCGAUUGAGCAGUAUUACAGAAGAGGCCAGUGGCAACUAUAAAAGAGCUGGGAACUCACAGAUCUAUGUAGACAAAACCGAAUGAAUCCUUGAUUUAUUCAGUUCAAUCUCAAUUUUCAUCGCGCAGAAAUAUACUACGUAUGUCAAAUAGAUCAGUUCUAUUUACUAAAAUGUCAUUUGUGUGCUUGUGGUUACGUUUGUUACCUACUGUCAAACUGCAUUGGAUAGAGUAGAAUUUCUGAGUAAAAUGAAGGUAGACAUUUUAGAAACAUGAACGUUCUAUCUUUGCAGUCGUCUCCGCAUUUUAGACCAUUGCAACAUAAAGUUAGCAUUCAUGACUUUUUCUAUUCCAAAUGGUUCUCUCAGGUCCAUGAUAAGAAAUAAAGAAGCCAAUCGCAUGCAAUCUUAAUUAUAUUCAUUAAUCCUCAAACGCAGUUAUUUAUUUAACCGAUGAAGGAUAAUGGAAGCGGAAUCUUCAUCAAUGCUUUGCAUAUACUCGUAAACAAGGUCAAACGCGAACAGCAGAAUGUAGCCUAAAAUCUCUAUAAUCGAAAGAAAAGUACAUUUAUUCUGAAACCGCUAUCGAAUGUUGGUUGAUUAUAAUAAAAUUCGAUCUGAUCACAUACAUGAAAAGCCUAUUCUUCUCGCCAAAAUUCCCUUAUUGAUAAUGACGAGCCAUUCGAAUAGAUGGAAUUUUCGUGAAGUGUGUCCUUGGCUAUUCCCGUUCAAGAGUGCAGUUUUGAAUUCGGGCUGCAGUAUGAGGGACCAGGGGUAAUACGAACAACCCUGGUCAAUUUCCCUGUCCAAUCCCUUGCCAGAUCCUACAUGAACGACACCUCAUAUUCCAUUCAUGACACUUUAGGUGGGGCUGACCUCUGUCGUAUUCCCUGGUAUGGGGCACUAGAGACCCCGUGUAGCUAAGGUUGGCUACUCUGUUUCGGUAUGUAAACGAAGGCUUUCCCCUUUGCGUUGAAAAUACAUACAUAAAAACAUUCAAGCAAUAUAAUCCCUCUAUAAAAUAAUCAAAUAAAUCCUCGGCCUUUUCAUUUAAUUACUUGAGCAUUUCCCCCAUAUUGUAGACACGGGUCCGCUUUUUGUAUAAAAUUCUCUCCCGAAUCAAUCCAUUCUACCGACACUUGCGAUCACUCCCGUGUGCCACAACUACACAUGGCAAAAUCCGAAUGCGCUUCAGCAACCCUUCCUAGAAAAAAGUCACGCCCUCUUGGCAUAGACAACAGCUAAAUUCGGCGCCCUAUUUGACCAAUGGCUUGCUCGUACAGCAAUGCUGUCCUUUGACAGGCACUUCAUUGACCAAUAAUAUAUUGGAGGUAGGACAUCAGUGCAAAACCCGCCCUAGUAAUUGAGCCCCUGCUUCAUUGCCCGUGAAACCCCGUGGCACCGUUGUGUGUCAGACAGUUUCGCUGGGACCCGCGAUCUAUGCCGGCGAAGAGGGGGAUGGGCGCCACUGCGAAUGUUAGGACCCGAGACAGAAUCAUAGCCCUGUACUACUAUCACAUAGAGCUGCAUAUACCCCUUUAUAAAUAUCGAUUGUAAAUAAUAUACAGCACCAUAAUAAAUGGAUUAAACCACCCUGGAUUCAACAUAUACACUCGAUGGAAAUACGGUGCCCAAGCAGGACAGGGAAUUAAACGUUCAACCUUUACGUGGGGGAGAUUUAGAAGUUUGUUUCCUACCCCAGAAGAGGGAGCUACCAAGGGGGGCAAAGGAUAACAGGAGACUCCGAGGCCGAGUUGGAGGCCUGGUUCGAUUUGAUGUUGGAAUACUCGAAGAUCUGCAGACAACACAGGAGGAUACUUAGUUCGUACUGGGUUGGAAUGUCUCACUAGGUCUCCCCAUGUCCGUGAGCCGUCGGCUGCGGCUUUGCGGCACCCCACCCCUAGAGUGGUCUGUCGCUGCAGUUCGGACCCCGUGAUCCCUCUCCCGCCCCCCCCUCCCCUCCCCUCCCCCCUCCUCCUCCCUCCCUCCCCUCCUUCCCCUCCUCAUCGCUGUGCAGGACGUCAUGAGCAUAGUAAUCGCGCUGGGAGUCACCACACCAGAAACGUCCUACUCAGAUAUGGCUGCUGGAUCAGACCCUGAGUCAGUGGAAGCAAGUCCUGCCGUGAACGAGAAAAACUACCCCAACCACAACUGUGGGAGUGCACACAGUCAUGGGUAUCGAGGACUGCCAUAUACUAUGCAACAGUCUUCCGUUGUGUGUUGUCAGGAUCACAACUAUGGCGCGCCCCCUCCCCCCACCCCACCCGCCUCCCCGCUCUCCCAAACCAUCAUUCCCCGCAUGGAGCUCAACCCCGCCUCCCGCUACCAUGACAACGCCACCAAUGGCGGCCAGGUGGAGAACUCUGCCGACAGCGAAAGCUCGUCGGAGGAAGACGGGGCUGUGGCCAGCUGGUGCCACUGCAGCCUGACGCAGGAUGGCUUCCUCAUCAAGUGCGAGAGCUGCAGGGGGCUGGACAGAAGGAAAGGACUGUAUGGCCAACGCAGGAAACCAGAAAAUGUAUCAGUGGGAGAGAGCAGUGCCACGGAGAGUGGCGACGAGGAGGUGUCGCCCGCCACAGUGUCCUACACGGCCACACAGCACACGCCCACCAGCAUCACGCUCACUGUCAACCGUGUCAAGCGGAACAAGUCCAAGAAGAGGAAGAAGAGCACGGAGAAGGCCCGCGGAGUGCCCAAGGGCAAGAAGAUCAAGGCCUUCAGAGAGGGUUCUAGAAAGUCCAUGAGGAUGAAGAACUCCACGACGGAGGCCAGCGCGGUGGACGAGACUACAGCGGAGGGCUGGGAGAGCCGCAUCCGCCAGUGGACGGACCAGUACGAGGAGGCUACAGCCAACCAGUACAGCGCCGAUGUCCAGAUGCUGCUCCAGCUGCACCGUGCCGUUGCCGCCGAGGGCGUGGCGAGUGAGACUACCUCACCGGCCCAGGUCAACGCCUCGGCGGACGCCAUGGACACAAUUAACCGUACAGAGCUGGCGUGCAACAAUACGGUGCUGGGCUCUCAGAUGCAGGUACAGCUGGGGCGGGUGACGCGUGUGCAGAACCACAGGAAGGUCCUGCGGGCGGCUAGGGAUCUAGAGCCAGACACCCUGAUCAUCGAGUACCGGGGCAAGGUCAUGCUGAAACAGCAGUUUGAGGUCAACGGACACUUCUUCAAAAAGCCCUACCCCUUUGUGCUGUUCUACUCCAAAUUCAACGAGGUGGAGAUGUGCGUGGACGCGCGGACAUUUGGGAAUGAUGCACGCUUCAUCCGGAGGUCCUGCACGCCCAACGCAGAGGUUCGUCAUAUGAUCGCAGAGGGCAUGAUCCACCUCUGUGUCUACGCUGUCACGCAGAUCCCCAGAGACGCAGAGGUCACCAUCGGCUUUGACUAUGACUUCAAUAGCUGUAACUAUAAGGUGGACUGUGCCUGCCACAAGAACAACCAGCAGAACUGCCCUGUGCAGAAGCAUAACCUGAACCCGCGCGAGACCCUAGGCUGCCCCGGCACGGGUUCGCUGCCCCCACCCUCCCAGCUCACAGGGCACACGGGGGCAGAGACGCGGCGGCGGAAGGCCCGGCGGAGAGAGAUAGAAGGGUCAGGCGGCGGCCCAGGACUGGGUGGGAUGUCGGACGACAGUAACCAGCCGCCCGAGGAGAGUGGUGAGGUCCGGGAGACGCUGCAGGGCAACGGCAGCCUGGGCAACAGCGAUGUUGAGGAGGGCCUCCUCAAGCAGGAGGAAGGAGAGGAGGGCGAGCUGGACCAGAACGGAGUCCUCAUCUCCAGUAGACAGAAGAGGACGUCUACCACAAGGGGCAUAGAUGAGCCCAAACAGGAGGGCCUGGAUUGCGAGGAGUGGAGCAGAGGGAACCCCACAGGGAGUAACCCCACACCCCACCAAGCAGGGGUGGGGAUAAGCACCCGUCGUGCAACUUACUCGACUGAACCAUCCUCAGCAGCCGAUGCAGACAAGACCCAGACGUCUGCCGCUCCCCUCCCGGCCCCCCUUGCUCCCCCCAAGCCUCCCCCGGCCCGCUCCUCCAAGCCCCGGCCUAAGAGCCGUAUCUCACGCUACCGCUCCAGCUCGUCACAGCGCGCCCGGCGCCAGCGGCAGGCCCUGGCCCAGCAGCAGGCGGCCCUGGAGCAGGGGGUGGCGGCUGAGAUGCAGGAGAGCCCCCUGGGGGCCCCUGGUUCAGAGCUGGGCCUGGUGGACGGGGCACUGGGAGUCGGGCAGGUCUUAGACGGAGAAGGCCUGAGUGCUCUGAACAAGGGCAACCUGCCCAAGACCAAGAAGUAUCUGGUGACAGAGUGGCUGAACGACAAGGUGCUGGACAAGGCAGCCCAGCAGGAGGUGCCCACGGUGGAGCGGCAGCUGCGUAUCACCACCGACCCCACGGUGCUGGCCACCACCCUCAACAUGCUGCCGGGCCUGACGGCCUCGCCGCUCAUCUGCACAGCGCCCAAGCACUACGUGCGCUUUGGCUCGCCCUUCAACCCCGAGCGCCGGCGCCGGCCCGUCAGCGUGGACGCAGCCUACGGCUCCUUCAAGAAGAGAUGGAUCCAACAGGCCCAGUGCGAGAGUGGGCCGUGCUCGGGAGGCCUGGAGGACGGCACCGAGUCCACCUCCUCUCACCAAAGUAACAGCAGCAGCUCCACCCCCAACCCUUUCAAAGCAGAACUGGCGGCACCCCCCAAGAAGCGGCGGUCCAUUUACGGCCCAGAGGCGGAGGCGGCUCCACCACUUCCCGGCUCAGAAGAACACAGUCUGCUACUGCGGCCCCUAUCACCCAUCACGCCCCCGUUGCCCUCAGACCACCCCUUACUCAGCCCCACCUCCUACGCUGCCCCCGCGCUGCUGGGUCGUUACGGCGACGAGGAGCACCGGCUGUCCAACGGCUAUUCACCGCUGCCCUCGCUGCCCACCAGCCGCUGCAACACACCGCUGCAGUUUGAGAACAUAUCGUCUCCAGAGGCCUCUCCUGUGCACAGGCCGGAGUCCAUCUCUCCAGGGCCGUGCCUGCGGCCCGACUUUGACGCCCAGUGCUGCGCCCUGCAGUUUCCAGACCUCUCCCUGUCCUCGGGCCUGGAGAGCCCCGUGCCUGCCAUGUCGGAUGACUUCACUCUCCUCUCGGCAACGGGGCCUCCUCCCGACACACAGAGGCCGCUCACCCCCUUGACACCGGGUACCCCCUCCGAGUCGGCCCUGCAGGCCAGAGAGCAGAGCUUCAGGACGGAGUUCAACCUCAUCUACACCUGCUCCCCACUCAACGCCAACCUGGGAAACCUUGCCCCUGCUGCCCCCACCGACAGGCGCAUCAGCCAAUCAGAGGGCAGCUAUUCCCCGGCCGAGUCCUUCUACAGCACCGUGAGUGGCCAGGGGAUCCUGGCGGAGGCGGGGUCUGACUCGCUGUCGCCCUACGGCGAGCCGCACUAUGGCGGCAGCUACCCGGAUGGCAGCACGCCACCCCACCACACCAGCAACCCACCACAGAAGAAGAAGAGGGCCAUCCUGCAAACCGUUAGUCUGCUGACAGGACAGCCAGAUUACCAGGCUAUAGCAGUAAGACGUGAAUACAAGACAGUACAAAAUAUGGUGUCUCUGCUUGAGUACCGUAAGAGGAAGCAGGGGAGCAGCAGGGACCCCGAGCACGGGGGCAGCUCCCUGGGCACCCCCACCCGCCUCGGCUCCGUCUGUGCCAGCGCCGAGUCCCCCAGAGGCCCCCAUUCCCUCCACUUGCAGCCCUCGUCCUCCCCCCACAGCUCCUUCUCCUCCCCCCCCCAGAUGGAGGAGGUGAGCCCCCCAGAUAACCACCACCACACCACCACCUCCCACGCCCCGGGACCUACACAGCAACAGCAGCCCAGGGAUCAGGAGGGCAUCAGCCACUGGAUGGUGCCCACAACAGUAGAGCGGCUGAGGGAGGGCCAGGGCGUCUUAGAGCGGGUACUGAGGGGCUCCCUCAAGAUGGACCGCGUGCUGAAAAGGACGGAUGGCUCGGCUGCUGACAAGGACCCUGAUGCAGACCGGUAUGAGAUCCAGACAGUUCCCCUGGCCUCUCCCAUGAAGAGCUCACAGACAUACAGCCCGUCUGUCUACACGUACCAGGUGCAACCCCCCUUAUCGGAGAGCCACCAGCAGACAGUGGACAGUCCGGCCUUCUUUCAGCAGAGCGCGUCCUCUCCAUUCCAUGGCUCCUACAGCCCCUCGGCCCCCCUUCCCUCAGUUCAGGGCUUCUACCCUCGCCUGUCUCAAGACCACUCGCAGCAUCAUCCACAACAGCCACUCAACUCCUCGCCCUCCUUCCCCAACCAGACAACCUCCUCUGCAGACUCAGCCCUAUGUGGGGCUUCCAGACCACCAGGAGGCGCUCUGCACCAGUCGAGCGGCAGCAGCAGUAUGGACGGGUCCCACACGUACAGCGCCGGGAGCCAGCUAAAAGCCAGCCUCUUGAACAGCGGGUUGUCAGGGUCUCCUACCCCUGGCUCCAGGGCUCACGGCAACCCUAAAACAGACUUGGGCGCCAGUGUGGCGGGGAACCACACCUCCAGACUGAGCCAGCAGCUGGCGUCCCGGAGCCUGAAACCAGGCAGCCCCGGGCAGACGGUGCUGCAGGCCGGCUCCAGGCUUCUGGCGGCCACCGCCGGCCAACACUACCCGCAACGCGGGGCACCACUCAGUCCGUUCCAGCACCCCCCCAUACAGGGGCCAGGAGUAAGGACACAGUCAGGAAGCGUUUAGGAUGUUGUGUGUGUGUGUUUUUGAGUGAGUGAAAUAGUGUACCUCCUCUCCUAAACUCUCUGGAGAAACUAGGCUUGGGGAUAUGUACAGACCUCCGAGGAGCCACGACUCUGCUUCUUGUAUUUCUCCUUAUUUUCUGUCUUUCUUUUUGCGGAAAACAAUUUACUGUGUUCUGCGUCAAGCUAAUCGAGGAACUUCAACAUCCUCAAGGAAUCAAUGAAAAAAUAGGAAGAAAAUACAUGUUCAACAAAAGAGAAACCAUUUGUAAUUUGAAAUGACCCUGACAUGAACAGACUGUGUAAAACAGGCUAAGUAGAUGGUGAAACUCAACCAUGAGUAUCUGUACAGUGUUUAUGUUUUUGAAGAAAUGUACCUGUUGUUUUGGUACCUGGUUUGAUAAUGCUGAGAUUGUGUUGAGGUAACUUUUUGUUAUUUGGCCAGCAGCAGGGUCAGUCCUGCAGUAUACAUGUGUUUAGUUUGGAAAGGGUAAACGAUACCAGCAAGAGCGUAUGUGUAUAUCAUCCGUUAUAAAGAUGCAGAGAGGGGGGCAGCUAUGAGCUCCCUAAAAAUCAUUCCAUAUGAUUUCCAACUUUUUGUGUAAAAUGUUUUUCUGAAAACUCUUGAUCUGUUUUUCACUGUUCUUUGAUUUUCUUCUGCUCUUUGUUUUCCUUCCCCACUUGACUGUUUUGAUUUGCUAUAUUACUACUUCACAGUAGAUUUGCUAUAUUGUACUUGAGUCAAACAGAUCUUGUAAUUCAUGGUGCUGCAGUUGUUUUCGUUUUAAGUUAUUUACAGUUAAAUCCAGUUAUGUUUCACACAAAUCGGUUGAUUCAACUCGCCAUCUGUAAUUUGGAAUCAAACUUUUGCCAGAAAUGCAUCCUAGUAAUCGUUAACACCUUUUUGUGCUGGAAUGCAGUGACAGUGAGAAAGAAGUAAGAAGAAUAUAUAUAUAUAUUUUUUUUUUUUUUUUUUACUCCGUUGUUGGGUUUGUCGUCUCUUUUGAAUCCUGUCGGAUUAGUUUUAUCAAAAUGUACUGAGAAUAUAUUUUUCUCUCCUUCUAACCAUUCCUUGCAUUCCAUAUGCCACCUAAGAAAACAGGAGGAUGGUUUGAACGGUAUAAAAAAAGCUGCUGUCUUCUCCUUAUUUGUUGCUGCUUCAAGAAGUCUCACUUUCCACAGAAUGCUGUACCCCCAUUUUAUUAGGGUCCUUACCAACUGAAUACUAAACAAAAAGAUGAAAAUCACAACGCAAAAUUAGUCAUGUGCCAUGACCACAGCAUUGGGACUUUCAAUCAACGUUAAAUGACAUUGCUGAUGCACGCUGGGAGUUGUAGUACCCUAGUGCCAGGAAGAUGGAAAUCGUUCUGACUGGACAUUCUAAUUUGGUUGGGAGUAAAUGUCUUUGGGGCCCCAGGAACCACACUGGGGCUUCGGAAAGCGGGACUGGCCAGCUUGACCGGACACUUGACCUUUCUUCUUAUUGCCUCAUCCACAGACGUAAGGUACUCACUGUUUGAAUGAAUGUUUGACAGAAGACUUCCCGAGAAAUGUCACCCAAAAUUACCAGCACCUUAAAUAAAGAAAUAACCCCUAAAAUGAAACAAAAAUGACAAUGUAUGAUCAUGUGUACUUGUAUCAAAUGUGUUAAACUGUAAAGAGAAAUCUAGUACACUAAAUUUGCCGCAUGAUAUUUAUUUUCUGGGACUGACAGAUGGUCGGAUUGGGAUGAUUAGGUCUGUUGACAAAGUCUUUUGUUUUUACUCUUCACUUUCGACUACCAGAGAAACUGGACACUGCAUUUUGGGGGGGUGACGUUUAAGUCGUUUUUAUUUUUUACACAACAUAGUGGUGACUAUGUGGACUCCCCCAUCCAAAAGAGAAAAAAGCAGAAGAGAUGUAAUGCAUUUUCAUAAUAAAAUACUGAUGAUGUAUUUAGAAAAA